AUGUCGGGGAAGGAGGAGCGGCUGCUGCGCCGCGCUCCCCCGGCCGGGCCCUCCGCGCGGCGCUUCUGUGUUCUGUUCCCUUCACAGCCCGGUGGAAACCGCAGCGGGGCGGGCCGGGAUGAGCUCACGCCGCCGCCCGCCAGGCCGCCAGCCCUAACUCGCUCCAGAUGCCAGGCGGCCCCUGCCGGCGCGGAGAGCGGCCUGGGCAGACGGCGGGCGCGGGGUGGGCGCGGCCCUCUGGCGCCCCCUGCAGGGCUCCCGGGCGACUGGGGCCCGGAGCUCGCGGUGCAGGCGCGCCGGCGGGGGGCUGCGCACCCGGAAGAGGAGGGCCUCACUGCCUACAGGUGCUGUGUGAUCGUCCCCUCUCUGGUUCGGUGCCCGCCCCUCAACUCACACGGGCUGCGCAUGCCCGAGCUCCGGGGUUCCCCUGAACGCCCUGACUCAACCAGGAUCAAUGACAUCAAAGCUGCCUCCUUUGAGCUCGCAGGGGGUUGCAUCAUCUCAGCAUGGAACCUGGCGGCACCAGGGAACGCGCUUGCGACCCUCCAUUUCGCCCAGCGCGGGUUUCCACCUCUCGGACCGCCGGGCCGCCGGGUAGGUCCCCGGUUCCUGCCCACACCGGAGCAAGGCGCGAGCCGCCGCGAGGGGGCGCCACGAGAAGGGCGACGGGUACCCAUGGCGUCUGCGGGCGGCGGCUCCCUGGGCCUCCUGGCCUGGCUCCUGAUCCUUCAGCCCCGGCUCGCCGAGGCCCCGGCGGGCUGGCGGACACCCCUCUCUUCCUCUCCUUCCCCGUCAGGGGGCCGCGGCGGCGGCGAGGACCCUGCGGGGGCCCCCGGAUCCUCUUUGUACGCCUUUACCCCAGUGUGUGGCGGUGGCCUCCUGAAAAUCAUGGGAGGAGAGGACGCGCAGGAGGGGAAGUGGCCCUGGCAGGUGAGCGUGAGGAUCAACGACAGGCACGUCUGCGGAGGCUCGCUCAUCUUGGCGCAGUGGGUGCUGACCGCGGCCCACUGCAUUUUAAGCCGUUUCCAUUACAGUGUCAAGAUGGGAGAUCUGAGUAUCUAUAGUAGAAACACAAGUCUGAUCAUUCCUGUGGAAAACAUUAUCGUCUACCCCGACUUCAGAACACUGGCAACCGUUCAAAAUGACGUCGCCCUUCUCCACCUCCUCUACCCCGUGAAUUUUACUUCAAACAUCCAGCCUAUCUGCAUCCCUCGGCCAACUUUCCAGGUGGAAGCUGGGACCAGGUGCUGGGUGACUGGAUGGGGCAAACUAAAAGAAAGCGCUACAACACUGCCAACUGAACUUCAGGAGGUUGAGCUAUACAUUAUUCGUCGUGAGAAAUGUUUGGAGAUACUUAUGGAAAAGGCGAGGCGUAAAGUUGUCUUGGGAGAUGUUGUCUGUGCCCAUGGUGACCGAGGAGAAGAUUCCUGCAAGGGAGAUUCUGGGGGACCCCUGGUCUGUGAAUUAAAUGAUACCUGGAUCCAGGUCGGGAUUGUGAGCUGGGGCAUUGGCUGUGGUAAGAAAGGAUUUCCAGGAGUUUAUACGGAAGUUAGUCACUACUUGGACUGGAUCAUUGCUCACAUGAGUCAAGCUUCCUGUCUGGACUCAGUAGGCUUCCUUGUUCUAUUCCUGUGUCUGGUGCUGCCUCUGGACAUCCUGGUGACACCAUGAUGGCCCCAGCCCACUCCUCCUGUUUUGGAGUCUCCCACGUAGGGGUCUCCUCUGACCAACCUCCCACUCCGUCUCAGUGCCCUUUCCUCAAAUCCCUGUUAGGAUGCACUGGCCCUCUGGAGGCCCACACAUGUGAGCAUGGCAGGGAGACUGGGGCCUGGAAAGUGUCCCUGCCUGAUGCUCUGGUCACCCCAGUUGGGCUAUGCUCUGCCUUGUGGGAAGGAGGGGAUGAACUGAUCCCAGCUGGGGGGCCAGGUUACCUGCCAGGAAGGAUGACUUUUCACCAUCUUGGAGAACACCUGCCAAAGAAGAGACAUCAUCAACUGUGAAGCAAGCUUUAGACCUGAGACUGUGAAACCAGUCAGCUCGGUGAUUGCUCAGAGAGAGUGAGGCGCCACUGGAAGGUCCCUGCAGAGGUGCAAGGCCUGGCUGGGAGAAGGUCCCCUAAAGCCCAUUGUGGAUCUAUCUGUGAGUAGAGACCUAUUGCCACACAAGGCCUCUUUGGGUGACCCAUUCUUGGUGCCCCCUUCUUCAGUGCCCUAGCAGCCACAUCUAGGGAUACCCCACAUUAUUUUGAGGCAGUUAUAGAGUGAGGUGUUUUCAGAAAUCAACUGAAUAAAUGUUUGGAGAGUCUCCUAUGUGUUCUCAAGCUAUGUUCACCUGAAGUAUUUGGCUGCAUAAAAUAUACUCUGUAAAAAUCUAGUUUUCCAUUUAGCUAAGGAUAUUUGUGGUUCUUA